UCCGUUAGACCUGCCUCUGCGCUCGCGACAGUCAAACUCAAGAAUACCGCGAAAAAAAAAAAAAUCUUCAUUAUUGCAGAACACGAGAGCUACGUCAGUGUUCUAGAACACUGGAGCUGCACCGAGGGUUCCACGACACUGCCCAAACAUGAGCACAGGACCAGAGACGCAAGCUUCCUUCAUCCAGGGAAACCAGAGUGCAAUGGAACAUGAUGCUUCCCACUCAGCCCUCCUGUAUCUUUUCCAAGAAGUUUCCAAGCUAGCUUCCCCCAUCCACAACAGUUUCCUGGACACAAAUCUGCCCUCCCCCUGGCUAAAUGAGACUUCUAGGCAGGGUCCUUUCGUGACUAAAAGAGAGGAAGAUGAUGCACAUUCAUUUCAAAUCUCUAACGACUCCCACCAACACGGUUUGUCUCAUAAGAUGCCUUGUAAUCAGAUGAAAAAAGUGAAGGAGAAAAGUCACAGCUGUAAGGUCACAACUUUUGUUGACCCUCAAGUUUUGAGUCUGAUCGACCUGCAGUGUGAGAGGCUCCUGCAUCACAGUGAUGUAGAGGAGUCUGACUUUAGUUCAGCAUCAUCUGACACAAAAUUAGUCCGUUCAAUAGACGCAGCAACAGAUGGAACAGAUCAGGGAGUUGGAGGUGACUUCAUAAGUGUUGAAUGCACUUUGAGACCAUCUGUUCUUGUCUGUGUGAGAGAAGAUACCCCAGUCUGUGUUAGUUCUGUGGAAGAUGGGAGAGUUUGCAGUGGUGGAGCUGGUACACCAGAGUCCUGUGUGAAAGACUCCAAAGUGGGCUGUUGUCUUCAGUCACAGGGUGCUGAAAAAACUGUUGCUGUUAGACCAGAGCUGGAGGAGGAAAACUCAGCAUCACCUCAGCCUCACCACAGAGACAAAAAAGAGAAGUUCAGUGUUCACAGACAAUUUGAGAACCAGGAGAGCAAGAAGAAUUGUUUCUCCUCUGACCAGGGUAUUUUGAAUGCACCAUUCUCUGAAAAUGAAUCCCUCAGUACCCAGCUGACUUUUAUUGAAAAUGAAGAUGCAAGCGUGGCUCUUGCAAAGCCGGCACUAACACUAGACCACAAUGCAAACCUUGCUUGGACUACAGAGUUCCCGUGUGACAAAAUCACUGCUUCUACACCAGAAUGCAGACAUGUUCCAACAGAGGAAAAGUCCCCUCCAGUCUCUCAAGUGAAAUCCUCAAGCUAUGACGAAGAAAAGAACCCCUCACCUUCUGCACCAUCAAAACCAGAACACAGACCAGUGCAAAAGGAAAAAAAUGUCCUUCCAUUUACCCAGAAGUGGAGAACCAAGACUCCUAGAAAACAACCCCGCCCAAGCCGGAGUGCUGAUAUCCAAGACCCGGACUUCCAGGGAGUGACGUUCAGGAUGGACACGGAGCUGGAUGACAGUAGGGAACAGUGUCGGCUCCUCAUAACCUCAAAGUACAGAUACAAGGAAAUCUGCAAGAGUGUGAGAAAACCGAGGCCGAGGACACGUACUGCACAGAAAUCCCUCAAAACAAGUGGCUCGGAAGAGGAGAGUGACCCAGCAGCCAGUGUUUCCAAGGGUAAGGUCUGUGCAUCAUGCUGCACCAGGAAGACCCCCAUGUGGAGGGAUGCAGAGGACGGGACCCCCCUCUGUAAUGCUUGUGGAAUAAGGUAUAAGAAGUACAGAGUGCGCUGUGUCAACUGCUGGCAUAUCCCAAGGAAAGAGGGCAACUCGAACUCGUGCUGCCUCAAGUGUGGAAACUUUGUGAGGCUGACCUCAGCUCUGCGGAAACACACCACCUAGGGAACAUACUCAGAGCGAAGGUUUUUAUGUUCACAUGUGACAAAGCUCUUCACACACACACACACACACUUUUGCACACGACAGGUCAAAGCUACAGUUUCGACCCCUGUAGUUCUUGGUGCGCUAUGAUUCGUUACAGAUGUGAUUGCAGAUACAGAAGAGCAGCACCAGCGUCUUACAUCUUAGGUGACUCUGAGUAUAUAAAUUAGAUUCACUGCUACAGGAAAAACAUUCAAAACCUUCAGAACUCUUAAAGCAAAUGGAGGACAAUGUCUAAAAACAUAUGUGCAUUUGAAGCUUUACCUGCACUAUUUGUGCCACCGGCUGACAUCUAUGUAGCACGUGUGACAGAUCUUUAUACAGUUGAUGGGUUUGUUUUCUUCUGUCUGCACAAAGAGGGAUAGAUUGUUUAGGCACAGUUUGUUGCAGAGCUGAGAAACAUUUGCGGAAAUUAAUGGCAUACUGAAGGGCAACUAUGAGAAAACAUUCAGUGGAAAGUUCAGUCAUAAUUGGUGACAUUUUUCAUCAAAUAGCUUCAGUGUUGCCUGUGUAUGAUGGUCUGCGGUGCCAGAUGGCUGCAGUAGAAAGUCAUUUCUGUACAGGACCUGAGCUCAGCGCUGCAUUCACUGUUAUUAACUGCAAAACAAUUCACUUCUCUUGACCUUGACAGCCAGACUGCAUGCUAAGUUCAGUAGAUAGACAUUAAGUUGCACAAGUUAAGUUAUUGAUUUUGUUGUCUUUGUCUUGUUUCUGAUUUGUAAUUGUUUAUUUUCUCGUCGUUUGUUUGCGGACUUUUGCUGGUUUAGUUGGUGCACUCAUUUCCUGAGCAUUGCUGUUUCCCGUGAGAAGAAAAAAAAAAUUUUUUGUGUGAGCUUGCAUUGGUUUCGUAUUAAAUUCAGUAUGAACCAUC